CAGUCUUUUUUGAUAGUUUCUGAGCCCCUUUAGAGAGGGAGAGAGUAGAGAGAGAUUUUGUAAAGAGGCUUCCAUUUUGUCUCUCUAAGAUCGAGAGAGAGAGAGAGGAUCAGAGAAGCUUUUGGCCAUGGCUCGAAAGGCCGUGAAAAUGGUGGGUUUGGCAUCAAGGGCUGCCCUAAAUUUGUUCCCUGAGCAAGGAUCCAUGUCCUUUGCCAGCUCCCGGGGCUUCGCAGCCGCUGCUGCAAGCCCUCCUCCUCCUGUCUUUGUUGACAAAAACACAAGGGUCAUUUGUCAAGGAAUUACAGGCAAAAAUGGCACCUUCCACACCGAGCAAGCGAUUGAAUAUGGAACAAAAAUGGUUGGUGGGGUGACACCAAAAAAAGGUGGUACAGAGCACCUUGGGCUUCCUGUUUUCAACUCAGUUGCAGAAGCAAAGGCGGAAACAAAAGCAAAUGCAUCUGUGAUUUAUGUGCCCCCACCAUUUGCUGCAGCAGCGAUAAUGGAAGCAAUGGAGGCUGAAUUGGACCUGAUUGUAUGCAUCACUGAGGGCAUCCCCCAGCAUGACAUGGUACGUGUGAAAGCUGCUCUGAACAAGCAAUCCAAGACUCGUUUGAUUGGGCCAAACUGCCCAGGUAUCAUCAAGCCUGGGGAGUGCAAGAUUGGAAUCAUGCCUGGUUAUAUUCACAAGCCUGGACGUGUUGGAAUUGUUUCCCGAUCUGGUACUUUGACUUAUGAAGCGGUUUUCCAAACCACCGCUGUGGGUCUAGGGCAAUCUACUUGUGUGGGUAUAGGAGGUGACCCUUUUAAUGGCACCAACUUUGUGGACUGCAUAAAGAAAUUCCUUGAAGAUCCUCAGACUGAAGGUAUUGUCCUUAUUGGAGAGAUUGGAGGAACUGCAGAAGAAGAUGCUGCAGCUUUGAUAAAGGAAAGUGGAACCGAAAAGCCCGUUGUUGCAUUCAUCGCGGGUCUAACAGCACCACCAGGUCGUCGCAUGGGUCAUGCUGGAGCCAUUGUAGCUGGCGGAAAGGGCACGGCCCAAGAUAAGAUCAAAACCCUAAGAGAGGUAGGCGCGACUGUUGUUGAAUCACCAGCAAAGAUUGGAGCUGCUAUGCAUGAAGUUUUCAAGCAGCGUGGCCUUCUGAGUUAGAGAGAUGUUUGCAUGAGUUUUCGGUUGGAGAGAUGUUUUCCUUAUACUGCGAUGAUGACCAUGGCCGUUCUUUUACUUUUUUUGUUUGGAAAAAUUCAUGAAAGGAUUUACAGUCUUUCCAUUUUUCCUUCUUUACGUUAUUUGUUUUUUAUGAUAUUUGGAACAAGCAGUCAAUGAAUGUUGAUUGCAUAUUUUUGUGGUGAUUUUAGACAUGGUUUCUCUCAGCUGCUGGCCUUGCAUGAUUAAUAAAAGUUUUGUAAUAGAGACCCAUUGAUGGUAA